CUUGGACAGUACACAACAGCACUGGAAUACUGUAACAAGAGUCUUGCAAUGAUGACAUCACUAUUUGGAAGUAAUCCUCACUCUAGUGUUGCAGACACAUUGGGCAAUAUGGGCAUUGUGUAUCAGAGUCUUGGACAGUACACAACAGCACUGGAAUACCUCAACCAGAGUCUUACAAUGGAGACAUCACUAUUUGGAAGUAAUCGUCAUUCUAGUGUUGCAGACACAUUGGGCAAUAUAGGCAAUGUGUAUCAAAGUCUUGGACAGUAUACAGCAGCUCUGGAAUACUAUAACAAGAGUCUUACAAUGAUGACAUCUCUUUUUGGAAGUAAUCCUCACUCUAGUGUUGCAGACACAUUGGGCAAUAUAGGCAAUGUGUAUCAAAGUCUUGGACAGUAUACAACAGCACUGGAAUACUAUAACAAGAGUCUUACAAUGAAGACAUCACUAUUUGGAAGUAAUCCUCAUUCUAGUGUUGCAGCCACAUUGAACAAUAUAGGCAUUGUGUAUGAGCUUCUUGGACAGUACACAACAGCACUGGAAUACCUCAACCAGAGUCUUACAAUGAAGACAUCACUAUUUGGAAGUAAUCCUCACUCUAGUGUUGCAGACACAUUGAACAAUAUAGGCAAUGUGUAUCAGAGUCUUGGACAGUACACAACAGCACUGGAAUACCUCAACCAGAGUCUUACAAUGAAGACAUCACUAUUUGGGAGUAAUCCUCACUCUAGUGUUGCAGACACAUUGGGGAAUAUAGGCAUUGUGUAUAGAAGUCUUGGACAGUAUACAACAGCACUGGAAUACCAUAACAAGAGUCUUACAAUGAAGACAUCACUAUUUGGAAGUAAUCCUCAUUCUAGUGUUGCAGGCACAUUGAACAAUAUAGGCAUUGUGUAUCAAGGUCUUGGACAAUAUACAACAGCACUGGAAUACCAUAACAAGAGUCUUACAAUGGAGACAUCACUAUUUGGAAGUAAUCCUCAUUCUAGUGUUGCAGACACAUUGGGCAACAUAGGCAAUCUGUAUAGAAGUCUUGGACAAUACACAACAGCACUGGAAUACUAUAACAAGUGUGACAUGAUGUUCAGAAAGGUCUAUAAUGAUGAUUCUCAUCCUUAUAUUGUAAAGGCAGUAAGACUAAUCUCAGAAUGUCAGGAAAAACUUAGAAUAAAUACACAUUCAUAAAGAAUGUUACUAUGAGACAGAUACAAGCUCUUGCAAAGGGUAACAUAAUAGAACAACAUAAUCACACAUCAUCCAAAUGUCAGUAAAGUAGUUUGAUCAACAUAAACACAUGCUAGUGCCUCAACUCAAAAUAGAAGAUAUAGCAAGGCACAAUUGAGAAACUGAUAUUUCAACCACCUAUUCCCCUUUUAUAACAUGAGAAAAGAUCAAGGUAAUUGUCACACAUUAGGCAGAAAAAAGAUAUUCAAAAGUCCUCCCCUUCUUACACAAACAGCCUUAAUCACAACUAGCCUGAAAUCAUGAGAAUCUAGAUGUAACUAUACCUUCCUCUAAGAUGAUUUCCAACACCUAUGCUGAUACAAUCUUGAAAACGGAGUUUGAAAGUACAUGUAAUAACAACCUCACAGCAACCCUAAAUUCCACUAGCUAGAAGUAGCUAUAUUAACCUCUGUGAACAACAAAUGAUUCUCUAACAUGGAUGCUAAUAUGAUCUUCUAGACCAAGUUUAAUAGUAAAAACAACCCCUCUGAGAACAACGAAUGAUUCUCUUGUAUUGAUGCUGAUAUGAUCUUCUAGACCAAGUUUAAGAGUAAAAACAAUCUCACAAUGUGCUCUAUUUGAAUUUCUCAACAAAUCAAAAUGCAGCAUAGCCAAUGUAGAAUGUUCUCUUAAUCUCCAUAGAUGCAUGCACGACCUUUAGAUAGAGGCUGAUGACAAUGCCGGGAUCGAAAUCUUGAUGGAUAUUCAAUUUAUGACUUCAAAUUGAGAUUGGUUGAAGACAAGAUCAUAACAAUUAUUAUGUAUUUCCAUUGAUAAAAAACAAAAAUACAAAUACAUCCAUUAGGAAAGGAAACUACAUGCACUUAGUUUAUCCCUCAUUCUGAUUCUAAAAUGAUAAAGUCCUGUUCCAGUCUGAUUUUAUUUUUCCGAAUGACACCCCUACUAUCUAAACAGAAACCCCACUAUCUUAACAAGGACAUUAGUCAUCAUAACAUGGACCUAAUACCUAUUUUGACAUUGAGCUUAUAUAUAUUUCAACAUGGACCUUAUGACCUUAUACCUAUUUUGAUAUUGACCCUAUGCCUAACAUGAAUAUUGUUUACCAUAACACGACAUAACAUGAGGACCUAACUUAAAGUGGCAGGAGAGACUAGAGUGUAAAAUAUUAUGAGCAAUCUUUCUCUGCCCUUACAAAGCUUUUUUCUGAGAAAGAAAAUUGAAUUAUCUGGUCAAAUAUGUGAGUUAUUGAAGAUCUAUGUACAGGUUAUAUCUAAACUUUAUGAGCAUAUUCUUCCUUACAUUUAAAACUAAAAUAUUCAACCCGUCUAGUCUUUGUUGCACUUAUGACAUGCACCAUAUCUCCUAGCAAAAGGCUGAAACAGGUGCAAGUGUAAAAUACUCAUCCUCAUAUUUAAAACCAUUAAAAUUUGAGUAUAACUGUAUGUAAAUAUAGUUCACUAAGUGCCCAGUAAAGUAAACAAGUAUGUCACCUCUUUAGUGCAAAAUAAUAUUCCCCUCAAAUUUAACAAAACAGUUUUUUCUAAAUUUCUCUGAGAAUUCAGGUGUUCUCCACCAUCAUAAAAAUGUUUCUGUUUGCUUCAUAUUUCUUGUGCUAAACAUCCAAAGAAAUGGAUAUUGGGCCUUCUAAGAAAUCCAAGAUGAAUAUUUGUAUCCCUUUUCAUGCAAGCAGGAUGAAAAUUUUUCUCAAAUGUAUGUAGAUGUAUAAUGGAGUCGAUGCAAUUACCCCGAGUGCUAAAUGCCACUUCCUAGUACAUUAGGAGAAUGAUCGAAGCUCUCUUUUAGGAUGCAAAAUCAAACUUAUGGAGAGGGUACAAUGCAAUGAAACAACCCAGAAAUUAGAACAAAAAGGUGUUUACAUUUUGAGGUGUUCAUUUUGGAGAAUACCACACAAAUAUUUUAUUCUAAAGUAAUGAUUGCCAAUUCUAUUCUUACCAAGUGACAGGAAACUUGUCAGCUAUACCCUCCAAGCUCAACUCCUCUGCCUCAGUUUGGUCAAUGCAUCUCUUCAAAAACUCUUCACCAAGGAUCUAUAUUCAAUAAACAUUAUUAAAGUUUUACAAAGAUGAGACCCCUUCAUUUAUUUCUGCUUCUUGGC